UCAGCUAUUGGGUGGGAUAUGCAAAUGCGCCGGUGACGUCAUGCAGCGCCGGUCCAGACAGCAGAAAUAGGGCAGGAAUUCAGCAAAGCAGCAUUGGCACCUCUUCGCGCCUGGAUUGCGACCGAAGCGGCUCCUCCUCCGGCUCCCUUCGUCUGUUUUUGUUCCGCUCCAGCUCGCUUUUCUCCCCUUCCCCUGCUGCCUAUCCCUUCCCUCUCCCGCUCGCCGCCAGCCUUUCGCGAUCUCCUCCCGCUUCGCCCUUCCAAACGUUCCUGCAGACUUCAUCCCACCCCCACCCCAUCCACCUUUCCUGGAGAAGAUCUUGCUUGUUUCAAGAAAGCCCCCCAAACUCUGACGUCUCCUCUUCCAGUAGCUGUUGGCGCUGCUUCUGCGGCGCUCUGCAUCCCGAGGCUCCGUCUGCCGCGCUUGGAAGACCGCUACAGACAUACAGCAAUGAAAUCAAUAAGCUUCUGGUCAUUCCUCGUAUUACUUGAGGUUUUCCCAUCAACUGCUUGGGGAUGGAUGGAAUCCAAUGGGAGCAAGGAAUUUUAUUCUGAUACUGCGAGGCUAACACAUGAGGAAUCCAGAAGCUUUGAAGGCACAAGAAGAAAGGUGCUUUAUGGGCAAGAUGGCCUUCAUGCAUCAUGUGAAAAGAAGUACUGUGGCCGGGGAAGCAAGUGCGUUGUGAACAAGGAGACCGAUAAGCCCGAAUGUAGAUGCAUAGAUGACUGCAAGCCCAGUUAUAUGCCGGUGUGUGGAUCUGAUGGCAAAUUCUAUGAGAAUCACUGUGAACUUCAUCGAGCAUCCUGCUUGCAAAGGAAGAAAAUCUACAUUAUUCACAGCAAAGACUGCUUCUUCAAAGGUGACACGUGUACAAUGGCAGACUACCGUCAACUGAAGGGUAUUCUGCUGGACCUUCAAUCUCACCGGCAGAGGCAGCAAAAUCACCCAGGAGAUGAGAGAACCCAGAAGCGCUUCUUAGUUGAAGAUAUGUUUAACCACUUGGAUAUAAAUGGUGAUGGGCACCUCAGCAGCUCUGAAUUGGCUCAGUUGAUGAAAAGGGACGACCUGGAAGAAGUUUUCUCAGAUUGUACACCAGAGGAUCUUCUCCGAUUUGAUGAUUACAACAACGAUGGUUACUUAACUCUGCAAGAACUGUAUACUGCAUUCCAGGUGGUCCAACUCACACUUUCUGAGGAGCAGAAGGUCAGCGUUACCACAGUAACUGUUGGGCUGAGCACUGUAUUGAACUGUGCUAUCCAUGGACCUCUGCGGCCUCCAAUCAUCUGGAAACGCAACGGGGUUGUGUUGAACUUUUUAGAUCUGGAAGAUAUUAAUGAUUUUGGAGAAGAUGAUUCUCUCUACAUCACCAAGGUAACAACUAUUCACAUGGGCAAUUACACGUGUCAUGCCUAUGGCUAUGAAGAACUGUAUCAGACCCACAUUCUUCAGGUGAAUGUGCCACCAGUGAUUCGUGUGUAUCCUGAAACCCAGGCACAAGAACCCGGGGUAUCAGCCAGCCUCAAGUGUCAUGCUGAGGGGAUCCCAAAUCCCAAAAUCUCCUGGCUAAAGAACGGCAUUGGUAUCAUGCCCAAAUUGUCUAAGCAACUGAUGCUAUUAGCAAAUGGAAGCGAACUUCACAUCAGUAGUGUUCGAUAUGAAGACACAGGUGCCUAUACUUGCAUUGCUAAAAAUGAAGUGGGAGUAGAUGAGGAUAUUUCUUCUCUCUUCAUUGAAGAUUCCGCUAGAAAGACUCUUGCAAACAUACUGUGGCGAGAGGAAGGGCUCAGUGUGGGAAACAUGUUCUAUGUCUUUUCUGAUGAUGGAAUCACAAUAAUUCAGCCAACUGACUGUGAGAUCCAGAGACACAUCAGACCAAAUGAGAAAGUUUUCUCAAGUUAUGCAGAAAUCUGUCCUAGAGUUGAAGGUGAAGCCAUUCAGUCCUGCCUCUGGGCUUCCGCUGUCAAUGUCAGAGACAAAUAUAUUUAUGUAACACAGCCAAAAUGGAAUAGAAUAAUGAUCCUUGAUAUCCAGACUCAGAAAGUCAUUCAGACCUUGGACACUGACCCUCUACCUGUAAAAUUACAUUAUGAUAAGUCACAUGACCAAAUUUGGGUACUUAGCUGGGGCGAUAUGAAGAAGUCUCAUCCAGUUUUGCAGGUAAUACCAGAAGCAAGUACAGGAGACAACCUGCAUAUCAUUCGCACCCAUUUGAACGGGAUGGAUGAUUAUUUUAUUCCACAUACAAACCUCAUUAUCAAUCACAUCAGAUUUGGUUUCAUCUUUAACAAGUCUAAGUCUGUAGUUCACAAAAUUGAUCUGGAAACUGUGGCUCACAUCAAGACGAUCAGCUUCAAGAACUACAGCUGUUUGCCCCUAGCCAUGGCCUAUACACAUCUGGGUGGCUACUUCUUCGUCCAGUGCAAAACAAACAUGUCAGUACCAAUAACUCCACAGCUUAUAAUUGACAGUGUUACAGAUUCUGUUAUUGGCCCCAACAGCGACAUAUCAGGUACUCCCUACAUCUCCCCUGAUGGACGCUAUUUGGUCAGCGCAGAUGAACAGAGCGGGAGGAUCAGAGUCCAGGCAAUAACAAUCCAAGGGGAAAUCAAGUUGAUUUAUGACUUACAAACCACCAUGCACAUAUCCGAUCUGACAUUUCAGUCCUCUUUCACCGAAGGCAAUCAGUAUUAUAUAUACGCUACUUCACAUUUGCAAACAGAUGUGCUUUUUGUAGAGUUGUCAACAGGGAAAAUGGACGUAUUGAAGAAUUUAAAGGACCCUAUCAAAUCCAAAGACUGGCCCUGGAGUAACUACAACAGAAUUAUCCAAGACAGUGGAUUAUUUGGACAAUACCUUAUAACACCAGCAAAGGAGUCACUAUUUAUAAUUAAUGGGAGACAAAACACAUUACGCUGCGAGGUUUCGGGUAUCAAGAGAGGCAACACAGUGGUUUGGGUUGGAGACGUAUGAAAAGUCAAAAGGAACAGAACUGCCAUAAAACAAUGGACUGAUUGGACCUUUAACUGCAAAAAAUAUAUAUAUGCAGUAGCAUUGUAUAUUUUUACACUGAGGGAAAAACUGUAUAAGCUUCAUGGUGCAACACUGGCCUACUUGCAAGGUUUAUAAUAUAAGGUAUGCUCUGCUAAUAGGAAUUGGUUAUGCUGGGAAUUUGUGUGGAAGUUGGACGUGACAGCUUGAGUUAUGGAACAUAUACUAGGGAAAGGAAUGAUUUCUCAAAACUGAGAUUGUAUAAGCCACAUUCCUUGGUGAUUCUGUACAACAACACUUUUGCGUUGAAAGGCUGAUGACUUCUUAAGUUCCAUCAGUAUUCAUUCUAUUGGUCCAACAUAACAUUGCCUGUAGUGUGUGCCGUGUGGCAUGAAGUCAGGCCUGUAGCUUAGACAUUUUCACAUGGAUGGGCACACUGGAGAACUUUAGGCGUUUAUGUACUUUGUUGAAAAUGCAAUCUCAGUCAAAAAGUCCUUUUUUAAGCUUUUUUUAAAAAAUGAAAAUGUUAUUUAUAUUAUCAAGUCAGGAAAUUUAAAUGUUCAAACAGGUAAAGAAAAAUCCACUCACCUUUAAAAAUAAUCGGGCUAAGAAGGUAAGUUGAAAUAUCUGGUCAAUAUUUUCAUUUAUGUUGCUUCGAAAUGCAAAUGGGGUGGCAAUACCCCUACAUGCCCUCCAGUAGCUGCAGGCCUCCACGGAAGACAUCACCCUUAACAUCAAAGGAAAGAGGUAAGAGGUUAGAAUUAAGGAUUGAGGGGAGGGUGUGAGAGCAUAUUGUCACUGAAAGUAGUAUUUAGAAUGCAAAGAGAUAGGAGAGAAACAUACAUUGUUUCUUUACGGGGAAACAUAAUUCAGGAAGGCCUAACCCAACACCUUUCUGAGUCCAAACAUGAUGGAAUUCUGUACUGUCAGGUAUAUUUCUCUGUCUCACAGCAAGCACCUAAAAUUGAUAUGGGUGGGGAAUGUUUCUCCUCUUCAGUCCUAAGGAGGACAUUUUUCAAUUUUGUACGAGGUGCUUUCUAAAUAAAAGAGGUGGGGCAGAUUUGAAAGCUAGAAAACACAUGGGCAAAUAUGCAAAUAUCUUCUAUGUAAUCAGGAAAGAAAGCUUUAUCUGUUUUUAUUUUUAAGCAGCAGCUAUCAUUAAGUGUGCAAGAUAAACUGCUAUUUCAGCAGGCAGGAAAAUAAGCAGUGUUGUUCCCAGUGCAGAGAGAAACGUUUCCAGAAAUAAUUUCUUCCCCUUCAUUAAAAAUUUACCAUUACUCGAAGUAAUUGGGUUCUUCAGGAAAACAAUGGCUAUGUCUUGAAACGUACCCUUUCCAGUAGCCUAUUUUUGUGCAGAGAACUUUUAGCUUUUAUAUAAAUCAGGCACUUAAUUUACAUCUGUCAUCCAAAUGCCUGCAAAAAAGGAUUUUUUUAAAAAAAUGCUGCUGCUGUUCAUUUUCUUCUCCCAUUCAUGGUGUUCUCAUUUAUAGUCAAUUAUCAUUCAGUUAUGCUGCUUUUCCCCCAAUCUAAAACCAAUUAAAAUAUAUCCAACAAUGCAAUAGCAGACACUGAGAACUGUAAGCAGAUUUGCCAUAAAGAGAUGUAAAAUAUAUGUAUCUUGCUAACAUUGGACACUGCAACUAAUCAUAGUUGGAAAACAGAGAAGAUGGUUAUAAAUGCAAUUGGAUAUAUAAUACCCAAUCCCAGUGUAGUCCAAGCAAUCAGAAGUGAAAAUAUGAAUCCUUAUCCAAUGAUUUUUAAAAGGUAUUUAAAAAAAUAACUUUUUGCAACAGCAAUGCUUGUUGCAUCAUCAUACUUGGGAAGGGGGGUGUCACAGAAAAAAAGAAAAGAGUUGGCAUGAGUUUCUUGACUGGGAUUAUAAAGGCAUUACUGAAUACCGUAUGGUGAUCUUUAGAGUACUAGUUCUCCAUUUUAAUAUGGAGGCAGGGAUUCAAAUAAUGCACGAGAGGCUUGUAGGGCUAUACAGGUUAGCCCAGGCAUAGGUAAACUCCGGCCCUCCAGAUGUUUGGGACUACAAUUCCCAUUAUCCCUAGCUAACAGAGCCAGUGGUCAGGGAUGAUGGGAACUGUAGUCCCAAACAGCUGGAGGGCUGGAGUUUGCCCAUGCCUGGGUUAGCCUCCUCCCCUCCACUACAGCAUUCCUAGUGGCCACACGCCCAACCAGCAACACAUUUGGUGUACCUAAGGACUAGGCGGGACCCUAUGCACCCAAUUACAUACAAUCACAGAGGUCCCCCAUGCGAAUGGAGAUCCUGGAUCAGUCAGGUUCGUCUUUCUAAUGGGGACCUUUGUGCAUAUGUUGAUAUACACAUAGAGCCCCUUCUCACACGUGCUGAAUAGGUGGAUGGCAGAACAGCAUGGAUACUAGGAGCAAGGGAAGUGAAGGGCGGGAUCACACAUUCCUCAUUUGGGGCAUCAUCUGAACCCCACUGUGGCUACAAUUAAGAUGAAUUAGGAUUAAUCUGACAUUAGGCUUUUGAACUAUAAACAUUUCUACUUGGUUAUUCUUUUCCCAAGUGAUUUCCAAGUCUAUGCCUACAACCAGACAUUUUAAUCAAGACUGCAUCUGCUCUACACGUGAGGACCAUUUAGUACUCAUGAAUUUCCCUCAGGUACCUUGGAUACUGUAGAUGUAUGUGGGAAUGCUAGGGAUUGCUAACCAAGAAUUCUCAGUGGCCUCAUGAAUCUUUGGCUCUUAGCUUUAAGCUAGUACAGCUCAACAAUCAACCAAGGUCUGUAGGUUAAGUGAAAUCAUUCUGGUUGCUUUGAAUGCUGAAGAACGAGAUCAAAUGAAGUAAAAAAUCACAGAAUUCUUGACGUUAGCCAGAAACCCACUGCUUAACCUUAUAGCAGAGAAAGUAGGGUGUUCCAGCACAUAUAGACAACAGAAAGGUGUGCGAGCUCUUAACAGGAGUAGGUUGGGGCUGUGUCUCCUCUAUCCCUUCUCCUCCCAGUUUGAUCAGUGCUAAGAUAUACAUAAUUUUUUGCUAAAGCCUACAUAAUUUUUCCUAUGAGCCAUAGGAGGUUAGAACCCAGAUACCUAAUAUUGGAUGUAGCCUCCAUUUAGAAAUAUGCAGUGGUCAUUAAUGGUAAAACAAAAUUGUAUCCAUACAUUGCAUCUCUUCUGGAAGGUGUUUUGCCGGAUCGGGGCCCUGCUCUACUGUCCCUUUUGUAUGAUUUCUUGAAUAUUUUACUCUGGAUAUGGUAAGUUUCCCAUAAAUGAAGACCUUUGUGGAAUAGAUAUAGCAAAAAUGUUACUUUUAUAUAAAAAAAAUAUUUUAAAAAAAUGCUUGUAAAUAUCUGUUCAGGUAAAUAUUCUUGAAAUUAAGAUGUGAAGGAUGUGUAAUAGACUUCACUGUUUUUUGUUUAUCUUAACACAUUGGACUAGAGUUAACUCCAAACUUUGACCUUCCAAAGAUGCUCCUCUGACUUUCCUCUUCUGCCCCCAAGGUCUGUUGAUGUGUUUUCUAAAUAUCCUACUGGCUUGGUCCUACUUAGAAGAUGAUAUUUAAUAUAGAUGCAUCACAUGUGAACAGUUCCAAUGAUGUUUGAUCCAAUAUGAAAAAGUGCUGCACAUUUGAGCAUCAUUUUUCCUUAUACACACUAAGAUCACAAAUUUAUCUGUACCACAAAAGGUGUAAAACAUGUUUGUCUCCUUUAAACUUUUUCCCCCUCAAACAUAUUAAAUCUCAUUUGGUUGCA